AUGAGGGGAAAACUUGAGGAAGCCUCUAAUGCGCUAUUCAACAGCAUUGAAAUAGCGCACGUUUUUCUGGUGAUCAAGUCUUUCAUAUCUCAAUUUUAUAAUGAUACAUGGGAGGUCGAGCUGCUAUCUCCUGAAUCUUUGGAGACAACUAUACGAGAGGACGAUGAAAUCGAAAGCUUUACGAAUGUUCAAAAAAUGAAACCCACUUUGAGCGCCAUAGAGACAAUAAUAAAGGAAAUCCUUGAGCCAAGUAACGAAACGAAAAACUUGGUGGCAAAUGCCCAGGAAUUCUUGAACCAAUACUCGGGCAUUUUUCAAGGAGCCGCCGACGUAGCGGAAAGCAUUUCUCGUUCGUCGCGGAAGGAUAAAAAAGCUAUCGGUCUAACAUCUCCUCCCCCAUCUUUUAAAUACAUACCUACGCAUUCGGUAGUGACGAAGGGGAAUAAGGCUGUUGAGCAAAAAAGCGAGAUUUCCCCCGUUAAAUUAUUAAAAGAUGUUUUGGAUCAUCGUGUUGUCAUCGAAAACCUUCACCAAAUAAAUAAAGAUUCAAACGUCAAUUAUAAAUCACUUUUGGUAGAAAACCUUCGAAAGAGGAGCAAUUGGAGGCCAGAAAAUGGAAGAGUUUUAAGCGAUAUUCCUCGCUUGGAAUCAUAUUUUGAGCGAUCGGAGCUAGAUGAACUAAAAAAACAGAUAAAAGACGAAGAGGAGAAAUUUUCGACGCUGUUGACCUCGUUUUCUCGGCUCUCCGAACUCCUCUUUGUUUACGAGUCUCUUGAUGAAGUGAGAAGUGAGGCCGAGAUUUGCAAAGAAACUGUGCUUACGAUAGCGGAAAGGAUUGUCGCUUUACAAGACAAGUUCGAGUCGAAGCGUCAAGUGGCCGUUAUCAAGGACAAUCAAAUGUUUGCCGCAUUGCUCUUGAAUGUCAAAGUUUUACUAGUACGCCACAUUCAGCAACUCGAGGACAAUUGGGGGAUUGAUAGUCAUUGGUUUAAGGCAAAACAUUUCUUCGUUCAAAACUCAAUCACUCAAGAAGACACAAAACUGGGCUGGUGGCAACGUUUAAGUGAUCAAUUGCCGAAAUCUGAUCAGGACUUGCUUAUUCUAGAUUCCAAAUCCAAGGAAACCACUUCAACUCAAACUCAAUUGGACCACUAUCGACCACCUUUAAAAGAUACGAGUUUAAACAAAGAACUUCAAAGCGUUUACAAAUAUUUUAAAGAACUUCAAGAUUCUGUCAAAGGGACAAAGGAACCUGACAUGAUUGCAGCAGAAAUAGCGCGCAUUUUGAGCUCAUUGGAAAAUGAAUGGAGAAAGUCCAUAGCAACAGAAGAAGGGAUGGGUUACACUUCUCUAUUAUUUUAUGCGAUGAAUAAAAUUAUCUAUAUUCGCAACGAUUUUAUGGCGAAUUUAUCUAAUUGUUUCUCUUCAAAAUGGCUUCUUGAGCCGAAAGAUCUCUUGAUUGGCUUCAAUAAAGAUUUUCAAAUACCAACUUGGUGUCGAAAUCAAGAGAAUCUUGUAUUGCGACAACUAGAAGACGAAAAGGAAUUGGGGAAUUUCCUCCAUGGCGAUUCGAUAUUCAUUUCAGCUCCAACGCUAUUCAAAUUGCGCAACAUCUUUUUUUCAAAAGAAAAAUUGAAAGUCUUUGCAAAACGAGUUGAUUUGAAUGGUCGAGGAUAUUUGAUACGGGUUGAAACGGACAAUUCAGACAAUUCAAAAGCGAAAAAACUCUCCGGAAAGUGCAAAAGGUUUUUGAUAACCGAGAAAAGCUACAAAGCUUGCGAUUUUCUUCAAUCUUUGAAAUGUCGAUUUGAGGCCUGUGAGAAAGAAAUUGAAGAGCUCGACAAGUUGGAUUGUGAGCUUGAAAACUCUUUGAGCAAACAAAUCGACCAUCUUCGCAAAUUUCUCCAUGAGAUCGAUGAUGAUUAUAAUGCGGCCAACUACGGAGACGAAAGCCUGAGCACUCCGUUGGAGAUGGCAGAAAAGUUAAAAACGGAUUUGGAUGAGCGACAAAAAUUCGGAUUGAGUCCAAUUGCUUUUCUUGACAAGGGGAUUAAAGAAUCGACAGAGGAAAAUUUUCUGAAUUCUCUCGAAUGGGCAUCAAAAUACGAGGGCUUUCAAAUAAAAUGGCUUGAGAAUAGCGGAUUGCGAAAAGGUGAAAAUGAAGACGGAGAAUUGACUGACAGAUGUUUUGUUACCAAAAUUGUUACAAAAGGGCCCUCUGUUCAUGAGCAAUCUUUACAGCAGAAAAAAAUUGCUCAAGCGGAUCAUUGUCUGAUGCAUGCGGUGAUUCUCAGUGUCUCGUUGUGCCCCAUAACCGCUUUCUAUUCUUUUAAAAAUGAUCGACUGCCCAUACGAUAUUUCGAUACACAAGGAAGUGGCCGUUAUUUUAAAGAU